CUACCUUACCGACCGUUUUGACUUUAAGAAUGAGCUGCUGUCAGUUUGACUGUUUACGUUAUUUAUUUACAUUUUUCGUGUACCUAUAUUUCCAAAAUGCAGUGCACCAAAGAAGAAAUUGAAGAAAAAAAGCGCAUAGCUAAAGAAAGAUUGGCGAGAAAAAUGCAAUGCAGCCCAGUUAAGGCGAGUUUACAGAGUUUUGCAAACAGCACAAGUCCAAGAUUCAAGUUUAACAGAGAUAACUCCAAUCAAAAAGCACCGACGACGAGUUUUUUCAAUAGAAAUGCCAAACCGUACGAUAAACCGGGCGUGAGUGCAAUAAACCAAACGAAAUUUUACGGGAAGGAUAAAAUUUUUAAUGUUAAAAUGUGUUUGAUGAGUGAACAGAGAUUUGUGGUUGAAAUGGAGUUCUUUCAGCCUGUCAUAGAGAUUUUUAAGACUAUACCUACUAGAAAUUAUAAUUCAAGUACUAGAAAAUGGGAUUUUCACAUAAAAGAUUACGAGAUGCUUAUAUCUAAACUACAGGUGCUUAGGGCAAAUUUAAAUAUUGAUACUUUGCCAAGUUUUGUGUUAAAUUGUCUUAAGAGAAAAUCAACAUCAACAAUAGGUGAUAUGAGUAAAAUUGAUAGUGAAUUACUCACUUCUUUGAUGCCUUUUCAAAUUGAGGGAGUAAAUUUUGGUAUUGAUAAAAAUGGAAGGUGUUUAAUAGCUGAUGACAUGGGUCUAGGAAAAACAUUUCAAGCAUUGGCAUUGGCCAACUAUUACAAAACAGAUUGGCCUUUGCUAAUUGUAACUACAGCAUCAAUGACGAGCGUCUGGGAAGAAACCAUACACCGUUACCUCCCCUCUGUAUCCAUUUUGAGCACGCAGUACAUGGUGACCGGUAAAGAUUAUAUAGGGGAAGCAAAAAUUCUCAUCGUCAGUCACGACAUGAUGUCCAGGGCUCUCGACAGACUAUUGGACAGAAAUUUCGGCGUGAUCAUCAUAGACGAAUCGCACGUGUUAAAGAACUUUAAAGCCAAGUGCUCCAAAUCGGCCGCGCAGCUGGCCAAAAAAGCGAAACGCGUCGUUUUAUUGAGCGGAACGCCUGCUCUGUCGCGCCCGUGCGAGCUGUUCACGCAGCUGGCGCUGCUGGACGAGAAAUUCUUCGGUAAUUUUUUCGCGUACAGCAAGAGGUACUGCGACGGCAAAACGACCAACUUCGGCUGGGACGCCAGCGGCAAAUCGAACCUGCAAGAGCUGGAAAUCGUGCUGCAAAAAGUAUUUAUGAUCAGGAGAACCAAGGAGGACGUAUUGAGGUCUCUGCCGAACAAAAUACAGGAAGUCGUCAUGCUGGAUGUGAACUUAAAGCAGUUCUCGGAGCAAGACAGGCGCUGCUUGAAUUAUUUGGCGGAAAAGUACAACAACAUGACCUCCAAAAGGGACAAACACGCCUUGUUGCUGACGUUCUUCUCGGAAAGUGCCAAAAUUAAAAUACCGUCAGUUUGUUCCUACAUCCUUCAAGUUCUGGAAACGAAAGCCAAGUUUCUGGUUUUCGCCCAUCACCAAGUGAUGAUGAACGCGAUCGUGGAUAUUCUGCGUAAAAAGGACGUGAAGUACAUCAGGAUAGACGGCAACACUACCUCGGACCAGAGGAAGAAUUUCGUCAACAAGUUUCAGCUGGACGAUAGCGUUGUUUGCGCGGUGCUCUCGAUUACCGCGGCCAAUGCCGGCAUCACUUUGACUGCCGCGCAGUUGGUUUUGUUCGCAGAGCUGCACUGGAACCCCAGUAUUUUGAGCCAGGCUGAGAGCAGAGCACACCGCAUAGGGCAAGAGAAUCACGUGAUAGUGCGGUACUUGUUGGGAAAAGGCACCGCAGACGACUCGAUGUGGUACCUCCUGCAGCAAAAGCAAAAGAUCCUCAGCGAGAUCGGUUUGUCGAAGGACUCGUUCCGAGACGUCGCCGUCACAAACCAGGCAACAUCCGAUGAAAAACUGACGGAGAACCUGAACUUAACGUGCGCCGCCACCCCCGCCAACACUUUGGACAUCUCCUCGUAUUUCAACAGGAAUAUCACCAUCGCGAGUGAUGAUAGUUUUAACGAUAAUGAGGAUAACAAUGAUGAGUUCAAUGAUAGCGCCAUUUUGGAUGAUGGAAUGGACGAUCUUUUUUGUGAUAUAAACUUGGAUAUAAACUUGUAGUAAAAUUUUAAUAUUUUUUCGUUUUUUAAACUCAAACUUUACCUGAAUAAACUUUAUUUUGUUA